UAAUAAUUACUUUUUUUUAUUAUUAUCUAUAAGGAUAGAAUGCAUGCUGCAUCCUGCACCUGCUACUACUAAAAUAUUCUUGUAACUUUCAUUAUUUUAUACUUUUGCUGAAUCAAAAUGGACACUUGCUUUUACUUUAUUGUUUCUUAUAUAACUAUGCUCUGUUUUGUAUGAAGUCUUUCAUCUUCUACUUCGAACAAGAGGAUUGAAAAUGGUGACUAGUCCUCGAAUAGAUUCUUUUGACCAUCGAAUAGAGCUUCUAUCACCACCACCACUUGGGCAAGAAGCAGCGGUGACAAGUGUGCCGUCGUGGAGACUCAACCUGGAUCAAGUUCAAUUGCCGGAAAGACGUGUGGAAUCUCAGUUUGGGAUUCAAUCUUUUUUGAAAAAACUCAAGAGAGAAAAACAAAUUGCAGAAUAUUACAGAAGGCAGGAAAAGCUUCUAAAAGAAUUCAAUGAAGUGGACUCGUUUACAGAGUUGGGAAUGGUGCCUGGGGCUUUGACUGACGGUGAAAGUAAGCAACUAGCCACAAGGGAGAAGUAUGCGAUAUAUGCAUCAAAUAUUGCAAAUUUAGUGCUCUUCAUAGCAAAAAUAUAUGCUUCGGUUGAGAGUAAAUCGAUGGCAGUAAUAGCAUCAACGGUGGACUCUCUGUUGGAUCUAUUAUCUGGUUUUAUUUUGUGGUUUACGGAUUAUGCUAUGAGAAAGCCUAAUCAAUAUCGCUAUCCCAUUGGCAAGCAGAGGAUGCAACCUGUGGGAAUAGUGGUUUUCGCAUCAGUAAUGGCAACUCUUGGAUUGCAGAUAUUAUUUGAAUCAGGAAGAGAACUCAUCACUAAGGUUCAGCCAGAAAGAGAUCUUAGCAAAGUAAAAUGGAUGAUUGGGAUUAUGAUUUCGGUUACAGUAAUUAAAUUUGUACUGAUGGUUUACUGUCGCAGAUUCCAAAAUGAAAUCGUUAGAGCAUAUGCUCAAGAUCAUCUUUUUGAUGUGGUUACCAAUUCAAUAGGUCUAGCCACUGCUGUUUUAGCUAUUAAAUUCUACUGGUGGCUUGAUCCUCUUGGAGCCAUACUGAUAGCUUUAUACACGAUCAGCAAUUGGUCGAGUACGGUUAUGGAAAAUGUUUGGUCAUUAAUUGGAAAGACAGCUCCGCCGGAGUAUUUAGCGAAGCUAACAUAUUUGAUUUGGAAUCAUCAUGAAGAGAUAAAACAUAUAGACACCAUUAGGGCAUAUACAUUUGGUUGCAACUAUUUCGUAGAAGCAGACAUUGUGCUGCCAGAAGAUAUGUCUCUAAGUCAAGCACAUAACAUUGGAGAGACACUUCAAGAGAAGCUUGAAUUACUUCCUGAGGUUGAACGAGCUUUUGUUCAUGUCGAUUUCGAAUAUACUCAUCAGCCAGAACACAAGCCCAAGCGAACAUGAUCAUCAUUUUCUACUUUAAAUUUCACAUUCAAGUAAUAACAAAAUAUUUCCAUUGCCAGAGGCAUGUUUUAUAUUGUAAUAUUCUAUUUCUGGUAUCAAAUCACCGAGUAAAAUGUUCUUUA